GGACCGUCGCGAGGUACAGGAACACGCUCGGCGUUUCAUCCGCUGGACACGGGAACGAGGUGGGCAAUCGGUGAAUGCUCCUGCCGGUAGCGCGAUCGAUUGGCGGUGCGUCGCUUAACGGAGCAACAAGUCGCCCGCGCCUCUCGCCGAGUCGCCUGCGCGCCCGGGGCACCUUCGUUACGCGAGUGUGGCAACAACAUGUCCGCUGCGACCCGGGUCGGCGUUAUCACCGGGAUCUCGCACGCGUGCGACGCGAUGCGAUGAUGCGCGCGCGACUCACGCGGCUUUGAGGGAAGAACGCGAUGCGUCCACGCGCGACGUCGACGACGGCGUACGACGUUCUCGCGUGCGGCAACAACAGCAGCAGCAGCAGCAGCAACAACGACGACGACGACGACGGCGGCGACGACGACUUCGCAUCGCCUGACGACGAUGACGGAGCCGGAACUUUGUCGACUGUGUGCAGAGACCAAGGAGAAUCUCAUCGGGAUUUACGAGGCCGAGGGCCAGAAACUCGCGAUCGAGGCAAAGAUCGCGAAGUGCUUGCAGAUACAGGUUCUAAUGACGGAUGGUUUGCCGCUCACAGUUUGCAUAGACUGCUGUGAUUCGUUGAACCAAUGCAACGAGUUCUUUGAGAAGACCAAUCAAGCACAAAUAUCUCUAAGACAAUUGUUGACAGAUUCAAAGUCCGAGCCACAACCAAUCGAACCAAAUAUAGAUUAUGUAGAGGAGACCAUAGAGUUUCCAAAGAACGAGAUCAAUAAUAGAGAGGAAGUUGUCCAGUGUCAGUUACCUGGCAAUUAUAUCAACGAGACAGUUAAUAUCUUAAAUACUUCUUACUUUAUUGAGGGAUGUAAUAAAAACUCUGAAAAUUCUGAAACUCAGGAUAACUUGAUGCAAGAUAACACAAAACAAAAGAAGUGUAAGAUUCAGAUAAAAAAGAAUUCACCCAAGCAAACUAAGAAGAAAGUGAAGAAAAAAGGCCAAAUGCAAAAGAGCGAGGAAGAGUCCGAACUCUAUAUAUCUUCUCAAGUAGACAAAGACCAGAGUGAUGGAGAAUUGAAAGAUAAUAGUGAAAUCGUAGAUAAUUAUGUACCAGUAGAGACAGAAUCAAAUUUAGAAAUGAGAGAAACACGAACAGUGGAGACAACAAAGCAUGGAAGAAAAAAGGCAGAAGGUCUGGAGAGAUAUCCUUGGUUAUGCACAGACUGUAAUGACAAAUUACCAUCUUUAGAAGCAUUAGAGGAGCAUCACGAAACUGUGCAUAAUCAACAAGCCAAGUAUAUGUGUGUACAAUGUUGUAAGGUCUAUGAUAAAUACUAUGGGUUUCUUACUCAUGUUAAGAGGCAUAAAAAUAAGGCAAAGUUUAGCUGUGAAGAUUGUGGGAAAUCAUUUGUACAUAAGAAAGUUUUAGACUCUCAUAAAACCAUUCACAGUGAAGAACGGCCAUACGUGUGCCAAACUUGUGGUAAAGCUUUUAGGCAGCAAAGUGCUUUAUGUAUCCAUAAUCGAUGCCAUUUGCCUGAGACCAUGAAGAAUAGAUUUCCAUGCGAUCAGUGUGAUAAAAGGUUUUCAACGAAACCGAAUCUUGUAACACAUAAACGUAUUCAUUCUGGUGUUAGAAACUUUACAUGCGAUCAGUGUGGCAAGAGUUUCAUACAGAAAGGAAAUUUAGAGGCUCAUUUUCUAACUCAUUCACCAGAUAAGCCAUAUAAUUGCUCUCAGUGUACAAAAGCGUUUAAAACACCAUUACAAUUGAAGAAACACGAAACAGUGCAUACUGGUGCCAAGCCGCAUCAGUGUGCUGUAUGUGGACGAACAUUCAGAGAGAAAGGGACUUUGAGAGAACAUCACAGAAUUCACACUGGUGCGAUGCCAUUUACCUGUGAAUUUUGCGGGAAAUGCUUCCGUUUCAAAGGGAUAUUAACUACGCACAGACGACAACACACUGGGGAGCGUCCGUACAGUUGCUUGGAGUGUCAGCACCACUUCACGAAUUGGCCGAACUACAACAAGCAUAUGAAACGCCGACAUGGAAUCAAUACUUCUCACACUAAACAUCUAACCAAUAAUCAACAAUUGCAACAGCAACAAUCAACGGAACAAACGCAAUCGGCUCAGAUGCAACAGCCGUCUCCUGCAGAGGAUCCACUUGCUAUGUCUCAAACCGAAUCAACGACAGUACAUGUAAUACAAGCAGUUCCUCAUGCUUCGGUAUCACAACCGAUAGUCAUCCAAACUAUUCCUACGACCACCAUACAGAGUUUCCAAACGGAUGCAACUAGUACUGUCCAAGAAACAGUAUUCCGAGACCGAAACACAUAUUUCAACACAGUGCCAGCAUUACAGGGCUUUAUACCAGCAAACUUGCCAACGUAUAAUUUUUAUACCAUUCCUAACGUUACAGAAAAUGAUUUAAUUCAACAUAGAUAAAAGUGUUAUCUAAGACCAAGCUUGUAAAGACGACUAUGUCUUUGUGCCGAUUGAUCAAAACGCUAGAAUCACGCCAUAUCUAAAUAUAUUAAAAUUCAUAUAAACUUGCUCAAAAGUGCAAGAGCAAACAAAAAAAUCAUAAUGUAAAUAAUCAAAUAGUUAUUUUGCAUGCAAUUCUUCCUCACAGAAUCUAAGAGAUGAAAAAUUGGCACGGAAACAUGGGAACUAGUAAAUGCGUUACAUAAGUAGUAUUGAUCUUUUGUAUAGAACAAAAAUGAGAUAAAGUAACUGAUUAUAUACGUUUUAUAUUGUACCAUUAUUAUAGUAUUGAUACUAUUAGGCUAUGAACUGUGUAUAUAUAUAUACUUGUUUAGCAACAUUUAUUAUUAAAUACACAUCGUGAACACAUUUCGUAAAAA